AUGCCUGCUGCUGCUGCUGCUGCUGCUGCUGCUUACCUCGCGGCAGCUCUGCUCCUCCUGCUCUGCUCCCUCCCUGGCUCUCAAUGCGCCUACACCUUUGUCAAAGCAGAGGGACAGGACAUCUGCGCCGGUGUCGUACCUGAUUGUGCCAACAAGGAGGAUUGUUCCACUGCAGCCUACGGGCCGUGCACCGCUGCCUCCCCCGGCCCCUCAGCCUAUGUCACAGUCAUCCCCAACGGAUUGGCAUGGGUCUACGAUAUCAACACCUACACCACCGACCCCAAUCAGGUCAACGUGAUCAACGUUUUGCCGAACGUCAACAAUGGGUUUGUGGAGAGUCAAUCAGGCAUCAAAGAAGGAAGUGCCGAGUAUGCAUACAUGAUGGCCGGAGGUCUAGUUGGUAACACCGUUGAAAGCUGCGGCUAUGUUGGCGUGAUUAAUGCGAUCAUGACCAAAGGAUCUAUCAGCACAAAGACAAUACCUGUUGCAUGGAAUACACCCGACAACCUUCCGUCUGACCACACAACUUACAACCACAGAGCAGAUUACUGUAUCGCUUCUGCGUCCAACGGAGCUUGUACCGGAACUGAUGUGACAUUCGCAUCCGGAGACAUGGCGUUCAUGGCUUACCUCGGAGUCAUGGGUAGCAAGUACGUUGCGGACCCUAAGGCCGCGUAUCUCGGCCUCAGACUUAAGAUGGCGGUGGUGGACAAGAAUGAGACAUCGGCGAACAUGACUUUCAACUCCCAAUCGAAGAAGCUGAGCGAGAUGAGCAACGUCGAGGUCAAUGACAUCUCCUUCUCUCUAGGCGGCAAGCUCAUCUCCUUGGUUCUCUCGAAAGGAUUCAACUACGCUACCAUGGGAUCCGGCGAUGCUCUAUCAAAUUAUGGAAGCGAUGUCGUGAAUAUCAGAGCCAACCCAGUCACUGGAGACGCCAUGUCUGUAUACUUUGACAUUCUUUUCCCCAAGCAAUACUUUCAGACAGCUGGUCAGACUGUCCUCUACGGGUCUGCUGGUGCUCAUGCUCGAAGGCGCGCAGGAACAUCAACAACUUACAGUCAGUCCAAAUGGGUAGUCGGGCCUCCCAUCGUGCCCUCUGCUCCCGCGCCUUCUGCUCCCGCGCCUUCUGCUCCCGCGCCUUCUGCUCCCGCGCCCUCUGCUCCCGCGCCUUCUGCUCCGGCUUCAAGUUCCGCAACCAGCUCCCACGCUUUGAUGGCACUCACUCUCAUAGUGACUGCCGUCACUGCUCUCUUCACGAUAAGAGCAUGA